AUGCUCCUCUGGCGAAUGGCGAACAAUGGUACGACAUACGUCGUGCGUCGCAAUGCAGUACUUUGGCUACGAGGUAAGGUCGGAGAAAUUGCAGACAAAGACGCGCCAAAUAAGGGAACCACACACCUCGAGACAUCUGUCAUCUGUACCUCGCCAGAAUGCGUCGCAUGGAAUGAUUGGCAAUGUGGCAAAACAGACAAGGACCAGGCUAUUUGA